AUGAGCGCUGAAGACCUGGACGCUAGCCGCGUCGACCCGGACAAGGUUGCUCCCCUUUGGGAGGAAGAUACCAACGUCAAGAACUGCGUGGGCUGUGAUGUCAAGUUCUCCAUGAUGAAACGCAAGCACCACUGCCGUGCGUGUGGUCGAAUCUUCUGCGACACUUGCUCGCCCCACAAGGAUGAGCUUCCCGAAAGCUUCGACAUGAAGGGGCCUCAGCGCACCUGCGACAUGUGCCAUCUUAACCUAGAGAAGUGCUUUUGGGCUCGCUCAAGGCGCAUGUCAAAGACUGAGGGUGAAAGCUCAUCAAGCAACCUGCCGGGUUGGUUCCCACAGCUGCGUCUAGAUGCCGAUCCCGCGGCCGCCGACCGUCCUGACGUGCCCACCGUACAUGCCGAGCUGAUGCAAAAGCUGAAAGACUUGUGCAGUGAACCCGAGGAUCACUGGGCUCGAAAGUUUGACAAGAAGGGUGUCAAGCUUGAUGUCAAGAAGAUGAAGGACUCGGCCCUGGUGGUCGUCCGCUGCGAGAUGCAAGUUGAUGCCUCGCUUGGCAAGGUCAUUGCCAUUUACAACGACAAGUCACUCUGGGGCUCGUGGCAACCGGACAUGCUCAAGUGCCAAACGUUGGAGACGAUCAAUGAGGAUGCCGAGUACAUCUAUGUGCUGUACAAGGUGCCCGUGCUGGACAACCGUGACGUCUGCAUCUACUCGGCCUGGAUUAACGGUACUGUCAACGACCCCCAAGCCAAGGGUGCCAAGAGUCUCAUCUCCACCUCGGUUGGCCACCCGCUUGGCACAUCCGUGCGUGGCACCGUGCGUGCCAAGAUCAACCUCGGUCUGGCCCAGUUUGUGGCUUCGGAGAAGGAUGGCCGUCCUCAUACUACCAUCACCUCGUACUUUCAUACGGAUCCACGAGGCAUUAUCCCGCCACGCAUCGUGAACAGUGCCAUUGGCAAGACCGUCGAUCAGAUGGCUCAAAUGAUCAAGUUUAUGGAGUCAUCAGACAUCCCCGAGCCCGAAAAGCUACCCGCCGACGGUGAUGACAGCGGUGCCACCAAGACGGCUCUUGUCUGAGCCGUGACAUCUCCGUUAGCAGCCAUGGACCAGCGGUCCGUGCGCACCAUCCUUGGGCCCUUGAUGCAAACCAAAUAGCACGUUCUCCCUUCACGAUGACAAAAAGAGUUAUCAUCAUCGUGCCUAGUCGCAACACGCCUGCCUGGCCCCUUGCUCGCGUCGUGUUGUUGUUCGGGAUUCAGGUUAAGUCUGAUCACGUUCUUGUUUCGCAAAUUGAUUUUGGGAUUUG